AUGAUGCUUAAUGGAAGGAAACGUCCAUUCUUAGCGUUUGAAAGUGAUGGUGAACUAGGUUGUGGAAACUCAGAAAACAUGACGCCUGAUGCGAAGCGCUUUUCAGGUUUAACAACACCUCCAGCAUCUCCUGAGAAAAAGCAAAUAAAAAAACCAUUAGGAAUAGUCAGCUCAAAUUUGACAAACAUCAACGAUGAACCAUACACAAUUGAAUCAGAUUUGAAACCGAAACGGUUGAUGUUUGGAUCCGAUCCAAUAUUUUCGAAGACAAAAUCGCUGUUGCAACAGUCUUCAGUUUCCAACUUGGAACAGACUUGGCUUGCUACGAGAAAGUCAGAAUACGACGAGAUCAUGCAUUUUUUUCACAAUUCAAUAUCGGACAGGGAAUCUGCCGAUAAUUCGCUGUACAUCACAGGUCCACCAGGAACAGGGAAAACGGCACAGCUAGACCUCAUACUGAGAGAUAAGUUUCAUGAGAUCAUUUUGGAUCCAAAAAAUAAAAAAGUCACAAAACAUGACCCAGAACUGUUGAAUACAUCUUAUUUUGAAACACAGUCAGACAUAUUCCAGUCUAUCGCGGUAGCCAAGGUCAACUGUAUUGCCCUUUCGAAACCGGAAUGUAUAUUCCAGAAAUUACUUUUAGAAAUCGUCAAUGGGAAGUAUAAGCAACAACAUCAUAAAGCCUGCGACAGUGUGAAGAAUUUAAAGUCGUUUUGUAGAUCGAAACCAAAUACUCAUUUUAUCUUUAUCCUGGACGAAAUGGAUAAGUUAAUCAAGCAAACCACAGUGCUAUCAUCUGCAACAAAAAUUAUACUGGAUCUGUUUUUAUUGGCUAAGGAGCCCGGUAUCAACGUCACAAUCAUCGGAAUAGCAAAUAGCAUUGAUUUAAAAGAUCGUGUUCUAAACAGACUUAAUUUACAGAAAGAAUUGCUUCCUAAAGUUAUCCAUUUCCAUCCAUAUAACUCUGAACAAAUGUUUGAAAUUGUGAGAAGCAAACUUUCCAUAUUUCCAGCUUGUUUUGAAAUAUUUCAACCCAUGGCUAUCAAAUUUGCAACGACCAAAUGUUCUGGAUCAACCGGAGAUCUAAGAAGAUUAUUUGAUCUACUCCGUAGCAGCGUUCAAUUAUUAGAAUUGGAAUCUUUGAAGGGUAACUCAGAUAAAACUCGAGGCCGUAAAGUAACCAUCACGCAUGUAGCAAAAGCUGUUUCAAAAUAUAUGAAUUCUGCCACAACAAAGACACGGAUCGCUCCUUUGAACAUACAACAAAAGAUCAUACUGUGCUCGCUUGUACACAGAGAACGGUUUGAUCUUAACAAAUGUCUUUGUACAGUGGAAGAAGCUUACGAUUACUACGUCAAACUUCUUAAAAGAACAGAUGUCAUGAAACCUUUGAGUAAAGCCGAAUUUUUCGAAAGUUGUUAUAGUUUACAAUCCAGUGGAGUGGCUCUUAUAGAGUUCACCAAAAAGAAAUUAUUACCAUCUGGUGCCGCCAAAACCAUCAAAUCAACAGUCAUUGGCACAGAAUUGCAAGAAGAGAUCAGUAAAAUUGAUCUAUUAAAAAGACUCUUAUAG